UCUACGGUCUUUACCAUCUCUGAAAUCUGACCAGAGAAAAUCCUCGCCGUCGCACACACCACUAUUCGCUCCUAAAAUAUCAAUCGAAACAUUCCUUUCCAAUUCCAUAAAAUCCCAAAUUUCCUUCUUCAUUCCACUAAAUCCAUGGCGUCGGCUUCGUUGCUUCUCGAAGCGAACCCAUCGAAAUGGACGCAAAGCUUCCCAAUUCCACUGUCUGCUCCUCCUCUUCCUCGUCCGCGUUCCUACAAUCACGACCUCGCCAGGUCUAGCUCUUCCAGGUUCACGGGAAUCAUAAAGCUCCGCCAUGGCUCCUCCAAGCUCAGCGUCAAAUGUUUCUUCGCCGCCAAGAAGAACCAAUCUAUCGACUCCGAGAAGGUUCCCGAAGAAAACAGAGCGAAUCCGUUUGAGGUUGUCGCGAGCACGAUAAUGAAGGCCCUAAAGGCGCUGAAGAAGCCCGCGAUUGCGGUGGUUUUGCUAGGGUUGCUGCUCAUGUACGACCCGAACACGGCGUUGGCCGCCUCUGGCGGGCGGAUGGGCGGGAAGUCGUUCUCGUCGCGUUCGCCGGCGGCUUCAUCGUCGAGGAGUUACUCGGUGCCGCGGACGUCGGGGCCGGGGUUUUCCUAUUCGGUGCCGUACUAUGCGCCGUCGCCGUUUGGGUUUGGCGGCGGGGUUUAUGUGGGGCCGGCGGUCGGAGUGGGCGCCGGGUCGAGUUUCUUCCUGAUAUUGAUGGGCUUCGCGGCAUUUGUUCUGGUUUCGGGGUUUCUUUCGGAUCGGUCUGAGGAUAGCGUGCUUACUGCUACUGAAAAAACCAGCGUUCUCAAGGUUCAGGUUGGAUUGUUGGGCAUGGGGCGAGCACUUCAAAGGGAUCUUAAUCGGAUUGCUGAAACUGCAGAUACCUCCACCCCUGAGGGCUUAAGCUAUGUGUUGACAGAGACAACACUAGCCUUGCUUCGGCACCCUGACUACUGCAUUUCUGGUUAUUCAUCUGUGGAUAUAAAGCGGAGCAUGGAGGAUGGAGAGAAACGUUUCAAUCAACUUUCUAUUGAAGAGCGGGGCAAAUUUGAUGAAGAGACGCUUGUUAAUGUGAACAACAUAAAAAGGCAAAGCACAACAAGCCAGAGGGCUAGUGGAUUUAGCAACGAGUAUAUAGUGAUUUCAAUUUUGGUGGCUGCUGAAGGAGUGCAUAAGAUGCCUGUUAUCAAUGGUGGUCGGGACUUGAAGGAAGCCUUGCAAAAGCUUGGCUCUAUUCCCUCCCACAAAAUACUUGCAGUAGAAGUUUUGUGGACCCCGCAGAAUGAAAAUGACACUCUUUCAGAGCGUGAACUACUUGAAGAUUACCCUCUUCUCAGGCCUCUGUAAGAGUACAUGCAGCUCUUUUGCACCAUGCAUCAUUCGAAUUGGAUCGGCAAUUUGUAAAGCAAAAUUGUGUAUAGUAUAUAGAAAUUAUAAUACCAGCCUACAAUCUGAUUAGAGUUCACUCUUGACUUCUGGAUAAAAAGGACAGAGCACCAUGUUGUGAAUUACAGUUUUGAUAGCAGUGAGCUUGACUUGGUAAAUGGGUCUGAUCCCUCUCUUCUUUUUCCUCUUGGAAAGGACAUUACUUUUUUUAAUUA